AUGCAGCGCCGGCUGCCUGCCGGAAAACACCCGUAGAGGAACCGUUUAGCAGCCUACAGAAUAAAACUUCUGACGCAUAGGGUUGUCAACUCUGUGUGAAAACAGUUUUCACAGAAUAAGCCUGUCAAUUAAGUGGAGAUGGCUGACGAGUCUGGAAAUUACGAUAUAUUUGACAAUAUUUUUUUGGCGGAUGAAAGGUUCCGGGGGGAGGGCUACCAGGAGGGAUUUGAGAGAGGGAGCCGCCGAGGGCUGCAGGAUGGCCGCAGACACGGAGCCUCUCAUGGGGCCAAGCUGUCCACUGAGAUUUCCUUUUAUUAUGGGUUUGCCAUCACAUGGAAAUGUCUCCUCCAACAUAAUACAGAUGUCAAAUCAAGAAAGCGUAUGAAAGCUCUGGCGGCUCUCCUGGGUUUGAUCCAGAACUCCCCUCAUGAUGAUCCGCAGUCUGCAAAGCUACAAGAGCACAUGGAGAAACUUCGUGCCAAGUUUAGACAGGUCUGCUCUAUGCUAAGUGUCCCGACUGACUUUAAUGAUUACGUCAAAACGUCUGAAGGAACUUCUUUCUGAUCCCUCGUGACGAGGAAGAGGUGCUGAGCCGACCUCUGGUCCUGGGCAGAGGAUGGGGAGGUAGAGCUGCUAUCAGCCCACAGCUCUGGGAUUGGUCUGCAGUGGAUUCUCUGCGGGGUUUGUAGUGUGACUCAGCGGUCUCUUAUCGUAGUCUUUGCCCUGACAUUCUGCCAGGAAGAAAAGUCCACGGUCCUCAUUAAAGUGACAUCUGAGGAGAUGACUGAGAUGAUGUCACUCUUUUCUGUUUAACAUGCAGAGUAGGGGUCCAGAUACUGAGAUCAGGAAAGAGGGAAUAUGUUUCUUCUUCGACUGAGUGGAUUAAUUGCAGUGAUGUUUAAGCAACUGAAUUGAAAAUCAAGAAUGUAUAAUAAACUUAACAGAAAAUGGCAAAAGUCACCAAAAUAAAAAUCUUAACACAA